CUCGGACGCCGUGAAGACCCAAGAACUGAGCAUUCGAAAACCCAUACAAAACUGGUCCGUAGCCAUUUUGGCCCAAGCAGUUUGGCUCAAGAUCCUCAGCCCGUGAGCCUCGAGCCUGGAGCCGAGCCCCCCCCCCGAGCAAAGAAGCCCCCAGCGCGUCCGGCCCGCCACCCUGAGCCUUAGCCAUGGCAGCGACCCGUGCCGCCGCCAUGCUGCUGGUCGUCCUGGCCCCCGCCGGCCACGCCGCGCUGCUGAGCGCCGGCUCCCAGGGCGCGUGCCCAUCGACCUCGAUCUCGUACGCUAUCAGCACCGACGCGGCGGGGACCGAGCAGUGGAUGCCGCCGUGCGAAGCGACCGUGCCGGGCCAGUGCGUCCCCGCCGGGGUGGACACCAGCUCGUUCCCCGUCUCCAAGCUGAAGAUCUGCGGCCCGGGCAAGUUCUCCAUUUCCCGCAUGAGCUGCGACCGCCACGACUACAAGGCCGAGACGUACGUGCACCCCACCGACGAGUUCACCGCGACGACUUGCAAGGUGUACGACCUCACAGGCACGAACGUUCACGGCUUCGUUGGAAGCUUCUCUUACGAGUGUGACACCACUGCUCGCUGAGGCGAGCGCUGGCCAGGGCAGCCGUGAGCGGGCGCGAGCUCCCGGGCGGCCAGUGGGAGUUGUGCACCGCGCGCUCCUCGACUGCUGGCCGUCAUCAGAAAAGACCAUAC